AUGAAAUUGGACUCGCUCAAGUCCAACAACAGCACCAGCAGCAGACACGCCGCUAAGGGGAUAAAGCCUCAAAAUGACGCGGGUGCUUUUCAGUUUGAGGAGAAAGCAGAGGCCUAUAAAGCUGCUGGUGAGGCUCUGGAAACAUCCAAGAUUUCCUCACCAAGACAGAAAAUUGAUCCAGAAGGAAAAAUGAUCAAGAAAAACAGUAACAACAUGGAUGACGCUGACAAUCAAAAAGAGGUUAAGUUGGAAGAGAAUCAUGGUGGGCUGAAUAUGCUGAAGUGGAGCUUAACCGGAAUAGUUGCUAUUUGUUCUUUUGGUGUUGCCACAGUUUGCAUCCUUGUAUUCGGAGGUGUCCGAAAGAAUAAGCAGCAGCAGCAACAACAACAGAAGCUUCAAUUCCACGUUUACACUGACGACAAGUGUGUUUUCCAGUUUUACCCUUGA